AUGAGGAUUAUUGACGACAUUGACGAUUUAUUGGUCAAGGUAAGAAAUUAUCGGUGCGAGAUCCAGAUAAUUGCCCGGUCUGUCCUGCGACGACAUGGGGAUCAAGAAUUCGAGGAUUUCGAACUUGCUCCUUUGCGGUAUAGACCGGAGGGCCUCGAUCAGCUGUGCGAGGCCACGAGGUACCGGGGCUUCAAGCAGGAGUGUCCGACGGGGGUCAUUUCCGAGGAAACGUUUAAGGAAAUCUACGGCAAAUUCUUCCCUUUGGGAGGUCAGCCAGACGAUGGGUCAGGAAGAAACUCCGCCAUGUACGCCCACUAUGUAUUUGGCACGAUGGAUCAGGACGGUUCAGGCACUAUUACCUUCGGGGACUUUAUCAUGGGCCUUUCCGUGCUACUGAAGGGGACGCUGCAAGAGAGAGUCAACUGGAUCUUCAACCUGUAUGACAUCAACAACGAUGGCUACAUCACACGGGAGGAGCUCAUUGACAUCGUGACAUCCAUCUACGACCUCAUGGGCGACCAGGCCAAUCCCUGCGUGGAUGACAGCACUGCGGUGGAUCAUGUCGACAAGGUCUUCCAGAAACUCGACUUGAAUAAAGAUGGUGUUGUAACUAUGGACGAGUUUAUGGAAUAUUGUUCAAAGAACGAGAACGUAAUCCAGUCCCUUAACAUAUUUGACGAGAUCCAUUAGCAGAAGGGAUAAGACCUCAUUUUUUGGCUACGCUGUUUGUCUAUUUUUAUUAUCUAUUUUUUAAUCUACUCGACAUCCUUCUCAUCGCAGUAAGGAUAUCGAAGAGUUCGGCGAUUCACGAUGACGAACAAAACUCGUCGAAUAUCUCUCCUUUGUCGAUGGUCGAUUGCGUCGGUUGAGCCUCGUCGAAGCCGUUAAAGGGUCGAUGGUUCUUUUUUGGAAGCCGCGUCGACGAUCAUGUGACACGUGGAUGGCCCUUCGAGGCGAGGAGAAUGAUGCUGGGACGGAGAUGGAGAGGAACGGAGGCUGGGGAUAGGUUUCCUCGCGAGGGGAACUUCGAGAUGGCGUCUACUCGUCUACGUCCC